UUUUGGUGCAAAUUUGAACCCUAUUUCAUAUUUGUUAUUGUAUUAUUUUGUGGCGCCAGUGCUGAUUAUACACAAUCGAUAGUUCUGUGGUAACUUCUGUGGUAACUUCUUGAUGAAGCCAGUUACAAUUAAACACAAACAAAAUUUAGAUACAUUUGGCAUCAAAAAAAGAGACUAAUUAUUACAUCUUUCUUAUCUGAAACUUUUUAAAACGUCAAAGUGUCAAUUUAAAAGGUUAGGCUGUGGAUCUGAUUGUCCAGUUCUUCAAAAUGGACAAUUUAAAACUCCAAGAUGAAGUAAAAGCUUUAAAAAAUUUAGGAGAACACUUGGAACAGAUGCUGAAACUAAUCAGCUUCGAAGUUUGCGAUUUACCGGACGACGUAUUGACGUUGCUGGACAAGUGUGUGGAAAUUCAGGCACACUGGCAAUUAAACGAUCUUAACAUUAACUAUCUACGUGAAUUUUAUUAUACAAAAAAGCGCGAAAAUAUCGAAAACAAACUCACUGUUGCACAGCAAUCGGCCACAUUGAAAAAACUGAGAGGUUCUAUAACAGAGGCGGACAAGGAAAUAGCCACAUUGGACAGAUUUACAAGCACAGUUAGCAAGCGCUUGAUAUCGGCUACCGCACUGCAGCGCAAUAUUACUCAAAUAGACGGCAAAUCCAAGGGCCUUCUGGACAGACUAAAGGGGUUAAAAGUGCCAGAUGACUUCAACAUUGAAUCGGUAAUAGAGAAGAUAGAUAUGCUUGAGCGGAGUAAAUAAAGCAUAUAGUUAUAUUUUUUGUAUAAAAAUGAUUUAAAUGUUUUUAUUUAAUCAGUAAAUUCAAAAAAUUACCAUAACACAAAAUCAGCGAAUUUAAAAUAACCAAGUUCUAACUUUUUGCUUAGGCUUACAAAUAGAAAAACUUUACGCAUGCAAAAAAAUUUAACUUGACUUUACUUUGAUUCUAUUUUAUUAGAAGUUAACCGUUUACAAAAUGGUCAAUUGCUGCUAGUUUUUGUUUACGUGUUUACGU